AUGGAGCCUCGGAGAGCGGAAGAGGCUGCUCCCGGUCUCAUGGCCCAGGCCAGACCGUCCCAGGCACUUCCCCUGCCAAGCGCCACCCGCCCCCCCCCCGCCGCCCCUGCCCACACCAGUGCCGCCUCGCAGACGACCCACAUCAGCAGUGGCAAGCAGAAGCGCCCCGGGGCCCCAGCCGCAGGCAGUGUGGGCGUCCUGGCCACGCGAGCAUCCCCGAGAGCAGGAGCGCCUCCCAGAAGGCUCGGGGCAGGCGGUGAGGAUGGCAGAGAAGGCUACACCCCGGACGCACACAGCGCCUUUGAGCUUCCUGAGCUCAAGGGCUCUACUCGGAAGCCCGAGUUCCCGCUCAGCCCCAUCCCAGACCCCACACAGGUUCUCGGAGGGUCAUCUGCCUUCACCAAACGUUCUCCAGUUUCCUCCACAUGUGCGCUCAAGGACAGUCGUGGCUGGGCACACAAGGGCACGGCGCUGGGGGACAACCCCAACACGGGACCCCGUAGCCAGUGCGAGGGUCAAGAGGCUCUAUGA